AUGUCAACAUAUAACAACGUAUUGGGCGAUUUCACCUCUCACAACAAUGAUCUGAGUGAUCUCGAUGGCGAGGAUUACGAAGACUCCGGUUCCGAACCUGAACCUCAAAUGGGCGUUCGUCCUUCUAUUCCCACCGAUGAUCGAACACAAUUUGUUGAAUCCUUAGUGAGUAAUUUCCUUUGCAACACCUUUCUCAGACACAGUCAUUCAAUCUUAUUUAUUCGUCUAACAGCAGAAAAUAACAAAAAGAAAACGAAACGAGACGACGAAGUUUUUUUGACAAUCAGAUUGAAAUACAAUGACAUCGCCGUCAAGAGCAGCGGACGACGGCCGUCAAUCACGGCUAUUGAUAGUGAUAAAGCAGCUGGUGCGUUUCGUGGACGACGUCCCUCGAUCUCUUUAACUAAUGAGAGAACGCCUGUAGGUGGACGACGCCCCUCGAUUACCAUAACUAAAGAUGAGAAAUCAAUCGGUGGACGCCGUCCUUCAAUCUCGUUGACAAAUAAUGACAGUUCAGGAGUUCCUGCUACACGUACACGUCGAAUGUCAAAGGUUGUCGAUACCCGUCCAAAACAUUUGAUAUUAGGUGACUUUGAAUUAGCAAAUGUUGUUGAUUGUGAAGAGUAUGUCCUCUGCUGCAAGUAUAGUCCAACAGGAGAUGUAUUUGCUGUUGGCUUAGGUAACGGCACAGUUAAAAUCUACUCCAAAACUGGCCAAUUUCUCUAUGCACUUUCUGAUAAUGACACCAAAACACGACGUUAUCCAGUCACAUGUUUGAGAUUCUAUGCAAAUAAAGAUGAUUUGAAAAGUGAUCAUCAAAAACUAAUCGCCGCGACCUAUACGGCUGGUUAUGUUAAAGUUUGGCAUUACUCAACCCAACAAUGUGUUUACACGUUUGAUGAAAAAGAUCGUCAGCCAUUAGCACUUGAUUUCAAUGCCAGUCAUACUCGUUUAUAUGUCGCCGGCAGCGAUUGUAAAAUAAAUUGUUAUGAUUUCACAACGAAAAAGUUGAUAAGUACAUUACGAGCUUCAGACAGCCGAGAAAAAAUGGAUGGACACAAAAAUCGUAUUCAUGCUAUUCGUGCUCAUCCGGGAAUGGAAACGCUUUUUCUAACAGGCGGUUGGGAUGAUACCGUUCAUUAUUGGGAUGAACGUGUACAACAUUCGCAAAAGCAUUUCGCCGGUCCACAUCUAUGUGGUGAUGCAUUGGAUAUUGUCGCUGAUCACCAAGUUGUGCUGACAGGAUCAUGGAGAAAAACUUCGACGUUACAGCUUUGGGAUUUUCCAACAGGUGCAUUGAUCAAAGAUGCUUUUCAAAACAGUGCAACAUCAAUGCUUUACGCAACGAAAUUUUGUCCAAAAGAUUAUGUAAUGUGUGCGGGCAAUGAUAAAAACGAAGCGAUUAUCUACGACUACACACUUUUACAGAUGAUUGGCGGAAUAACCGAUCUCGAAAAUGCUGUUUAUUGUGCUGAUACAGAUUAUAAUCGACCGAAUAUGAUUGUAGGCUCAGCGAAAAACAUUUUCAUUGUCAACGACAAAUCUCGUCUUAGAUAA